AUGAAGGCUACUGCAUAUGUCCCUAUUUUCAGACACAGAGGCAUUGCAGAUGUUACUUGCUGGAAAGUCAAAAAGGCCUGGAAAUUCAAAAAUGCCUGGAAAUUUGAAACACAGUCUCAGAUCUCUAUCAGUGUGGAAGAAUGGGAAGACACUAAAGACACCAAAGAACAGAUUAGUUAUCGUAGCAGUCAUCGUAACUCAACAUCUAGUGAUCAGUCUGAUCAUCCCUUGUUACGACGAAAAAGCAUGCAGUGGGCCCGACGGCUGAGCAGGAGAGUACCAAGACACUCUGGUAAAACAGCUGAGAAGAUAAACCAGCAGCGAAUGAACCUUUACAGGAGGUCAGAAAGACAGGAGCUUGCUGAACUUGUGAAAAACAGAAUGAAGCAUCUGGGCCUUUCUCCAGCAGGAUAUGAUGAAAUGAAUGAUCAUCAGAACACCCUUUCUUACAUCCUGAUCAAUCCUUCUCCAGAUACAAGAUUAGAGCUGAACGAUAUAGUAUACUUGAUCCGACCUGAUCCAUUGGCUUAUGUUCCAAAUACUGCACCCAUCCGAAAAGACAGCUUCUGCAAUGCAGUGGGACAAGACACCAGGGAGGAAACACAGCUUUGAUAUGUAACUCAUCACAAAAUUAAGAGACAAUUUUAUACACAUGUUGUUUCCACUAAACAUUUUGAAAACUGAGUGAUACAUUUUAUUCAGAUUUUGGAAACAAAAUGACAGUGGAUAAGUGACCAAAUUUCGAAGUGUGGUGUCUAGAAACUCUGAUUUAAGGGAUUGUCAGGCUUGUGGCCCAUUCAAUAUGGUAGUUGAACUUUGUCAGCUUAACAGAAUUGUGAUACCUAUAACUAUUUAACCAAUAUGAACAAAUGAUUUAAAAAGUGACAGAUUCCAUCAUGUGGUUUGCUUAGAUGCUUCUAAGCGUAUUUAUCAAAGUGACAGCAUGUCAGUGACUAAGCUUCUGACCUACAUCAGUAAAGAUUAUCUGAUGCC